AUGUUGGUGUUGGUCAAUGGUUCUCCAAAAGGUUUCUUUCCGACUCAUCGAGGGUUGAGGCAGGGUGAUCCUUUAUCUCCUUUGCUGUUCAUCCUAGUUAUGGAGGCUUUGGGGCAUUUGUUGGCUAGAGCGGUACAAGAAGGUUUGUUGAAAGGGUUUGAGGUCGAGGUGGUUCCAAAGGUGGUGGAGGUGUCUCAUUUGUUUUAUGCAGAUGAUGUGCUCAUUUUCUAUGAUGCGGAGGAGGAGCAUAUUGGGCAUUUGAGAUGUGUGCUGUUGUGUUUUGAGACAGUGUCCGAGCUUCAGGCCAAACGGGUAUGGGACGGGGUCGUGGAUAGGGUGCAACAGCGGUUGGCAGGAUGGCAGCGGCAGUAUUUGUCAAAGAGUGGUCGGCUUAUGUUGAUUAAAAGUGUUUUAGCGAGUAUUCCGACUUAUUUUAUGUUUGUUCACAUGAUCCUGGUGUCAGUAGCAAGGCGGAUUGAGCAGUUGCAACGGCACUUUUUGUGGGGUGGUGGGGAUGAGGGUGCGCAUUAUCAUUUACUGUCAUGGGAUCAGAUCUGUCUGCCUAAUGAGAGCAGGGACUUGGGGGUUCGGAGGUUGGUCUUGUUCAAUUUGGCUUUGUUGGGGAAGUGGUUGUGGCGUUUUGUGGCGAAGAGGGAGUACCUUUGGAGAAGGGUGGUGGUUGUUAAGUUCGGUAUGGGUAGGGGAGAGUGGUGUUCUGGAACGGUGGGCCUUUCUCAUGGUUGUGUUGUGUGCAAGGGGAUUUGGUUAGGUCGGGAGGUUUUUUGGAGGAGGGUGCGGUUAAAAGUUGGUGUGGGGGAUCGAGUUUGUUUUUGGCGGGAUAGGUGGUGUGGUGACUUGUCUUUAGAGUUUCGAUUCCCUUUAAUCUUUGUUAUUGCUGAGAUUGUGAGGUGUCGGUGGGUGCUGUCAAGAGUGGGAAGGUGCAAACGACGGUGUAGAAUGUACAGUUGCGUCGCAAUGUUCAGGGUUGGAAGCAAGAUCAGUCGGUGGAACUUCUGGGAUGGGUUUGCACAGGAUGUUGCUAGGGUUUAUCCGCAGAGAGGUUUUUGGGUGCCGGGUUCGCCAUCAAAAGUUUCCUUUUUUGUUUGGACAGCAAGUUUGGGUGGUGUCUUGACAAUUGAUAAUUUGAUUCGUCGUGGGCAUAUUUUGAUGCUUGUGAUUGCAGUUUUUGGUUUAGUUUGA